AUGUGUCAAACACCCCUGUUUAAAGAGGGCGUCGUCGUGGAGAUCACUGUUCAACUCGGGAUUUGGAACGUCCAGACUCAGCAAAAUGGGAUUGUCAGUUGCUCACAAGGAGGUUUUAAUUUUGCCACAAAUGUUGGCGAAAGAAAAUCAGGGCUCCUGAUGUGGCAGCUUUAUGACAAGCAAGCACAUCGAGCUGUAGAGCA